CAGCCAAUCGCAAGGCACGAACGAAGGUCAAGAGGGCGGGGAUCCUCAAGGGAAGGAUAUAGUCGUCGCCUCUUGUUUCCGAGGAGGAAAUUUAGUUCCGUUCUCUGCUUGCUGAAAGGCGUCUUCAAGAGAGCUCGUCGCGUCGAAUCGAGAGGAUGUCAAGGUCUCCAGUAGCAAAAACGGCCUUCGUGGUCCUUCUGUCGUCCUUCCUGACGACGUCUGUGAAGGCGAUGAGUGACCACGUACCCGCAGCUGCCUGCACGACGAUGAUACCCCAGCACGAGGCCGACCCGCAGACUUCGGCUGCGCCUUAUGUCCUGAAGGUACCCGCUGGACCCGUCCCUGUGGACUCCGUUAUCAAUGUGGUCGUCUCCGGGGUCGACCCCACCGUCAUGUUCAAGGGCUUCUUCGUCAAGGGCUUCGACGACGCGACGGGGAAGCCCACAGGAAUGUUCACGGAGGCUCCGAACACCAUCGACUGUGACUCGACUGCGGACGGAGCUACUCACGCUGACGGUCUGCUGAAGGAGUCUGUCGUGUUGGCCUGGAAGCCUCCAGCUGGAUUCCAGGGGUCCGUUACCUUCAUGGCGACAGUAGUGAUGGAGCAACCCAUCUUCUGGACUGGCGUCGUGUCCGACUCCAUCUCGUUUGCCUGAGAGACUCGUCUGUGAUCAUCGAAAGGAUUCCUUCUCGCUUUUAUUCCUCCUAUUCUCGCUUUUAUCACCCUUAAAUUAAUACUUCAACAAUGACACUCCUUUCCUUUCCUUUCUUCAGUGCCUCUUCUGGGUCUUUGGUUGAGAUGGCGAUGAGGACCUGUAUUUUGAAGAAGCUUCCUUAUCCGUCAUAAUCUUAUGCCAUAUUUGGUCAUCUAAAGGAUAAUGAAAUGAGGUAAUGCUUCUGAAGAUUGUCCCUUAUCCAUAUUCUCUCCUGUUACUCUAGUAAUCUUGGUCGUAAUUUUAUGCCAUAUUUGAUUAUCUAAAGGAUAAUGAAUUGAGAUAAGGCUUCAUAAAUAUCUAUCAAGUUUUUCAGAAGUUCUGGUAAAGAUAACUUAUCGCCCUUUUGAAGUUCUUAAAAAUCUAUUCCUCAUAUCUAAUAAACAGUUUCUCCCUACCAGACAGACAUCAGUGGCAAUCUUCCUCAGUUUUUCUGUUGGAAAAAUAAAGUAAAAUCUUUUCUACCUUUUAGUUUGACAUCUUCCACACGUCUUCCAAACGAUUACUACCAGGAGUAAAUUAGGUUUAGUUAAAGUCGCAACAUUCCUUAUCAUGACGUCAUGGAAAUUCCUUCAUUUAUUUAUUCUUAGCUCAUAUUUUCAUGUUUCCAGGACGCAUAUUUAGUCCUAAUACUUACAUCAAGCUCAACGUAACCGUUUGUACUUGGCAAAUUCUCCUUAUUGCACUGCUUAUCUUUGUUCGUGAUUCCUUUAAAUAAGCAGCAACUCUUGUUAGCUUGAUUUAGCUUUAUUUGCUUUCAUUUUUUUUGCUAUUUGGUUCAUAUUCUCCAAGUUUUAUCAUAAAACUACUUAAAAGUUUAAUGUGGUAGCAUUCCACAAGAAUUAAAAACUUUUUUUUUAUUUGUCCUAAAAAUGAUCGCCUUCCACUUUGCUUAGUUGAUAAGAAAAUAUAUCUGACGCGUAAUAUUAUUCUUCCAUUUUUUUUAACAAUUCAUUCAUAAAUUCAUGGUGCCUAUUUAUCUACUUCCAUGGCU